GGCUGGCACUCGUUCACGGUGGGAUUUAUUUUACACGGAGCGAUUUAAAUGGAGUUAUGAGCGGGAAAAGAGCCGCGAAUUUAGGAUGACUUCACGCGCAUCACGCAGCGCAGCACAACGGCACCAGGAUGCUUUACAAGCACAGCAAGCACGUGAGUGGACGAUACAAGAAUUCUGCUCAUCACUUUGUCUGGAUCCUCUGUCUUUGGGUUCACUUUCUGCCUCAAGUGGAUGGCUUCUUUAUGUCUGACGCUAAGGCUGUCUUGCAAGGAUGUGAAGACCACUGGACUUUCCAACCUCAGGGGCAUAGUAUCCCUGUGCUCUUUCAGAUGACAGUAUGUGUGGACGUACAAGUUUUAUCCCCGGGUGAGUGGACUGCAUUUAGCUACAUCUCGGCCCCUGCACCCCGCUAUGAACUGGCCCUGCAGGGAGAUGAAAACUCCCUGUAUGCCUGGCUGUUGGGUGUGCGCCAUCAGUUCCCUGUCCAGUUGACCCUUCGUCGCUGGUACCGCCUAUGUCUACGAUGGGACGCCCCUCACAAAAGCUUCAGCCUGACGAUAGGCGGUAGUUCAGAAGUAUAUCAGCGCACAGCCAUCGCUCGUGCAAUCCCUCCCUCUGGGCGACUUCUACUGGGCUGCCAGCCAAAGGACACCCCACCCGGGGUGAACAUGGCAACAGUGGAGCUCUACCUGUUCCGCAUUUGGAACAAUGUAGGGGAACAUAGGGCUUGCGAGGAUGGAACUGUGGUUGGUUGGGACUCGCGACUUUGGACCAUCACACGAGCCCAGGCCAGAAUCCAAGAUUAUAAACUGCAAUGUGGCCUAGGGCAUCUGCGUAUGAAACGCAAUGCACUCGGAACUACAACCCCAUUCAACACUUCCCAAGGUGUAGCCGCCGGCCGAGAUUUUUACUUGACAUCUCCAAGUCCACUCUACUCCACUUUGAACUCCAUUAUUACCAAUGCACAGAAACUCACUCAAGGACUGGCCACAAAUCCCUCUGGAACCCUGUCUGUUACAACCACCACCCUUCCACCUCAGGGUCAAGUCUCAAGCACAACCUCUGCUUCAACCAGAACCACAUCAAAUUCUUCCUAUGGCAGUAUACUAAAUAUCACCACCACACGCCCUGCAGGACUCUCAACACCUACUACACCAUCAGUAAAUCUCACUACACCAGCCAAGGCUCCCCUCAUAGUAACUACCACAUCAAGUGCCACCAUCACAGCCUCUCCUCAAGCUUUGAUUAGUUCAGCUGUUACAACAACCAAUACAUCUCACGCUGGGGGAUUGAACAUCUCAGUGCAGCCCACCUCUGAAAUAACAGCCAAUCACACAGCAGCAAGCUCUCCUGCUGCACCUAUCGUCAUGAACCCAUUUGUGGUGCAGUGUAACUUUUCCCAGUAUUGUGCUAAUGAAUCAUCAUACUACUGGAUGCUUGUGGAAGUGCAUGGCUCUAAUAUGACUGAGGAAGUCAUUCAAAUUUGGUUUUCAGAUCAUUUUAAUAUGAGUAUCUGCUCUGCUGGAGUUCCAACAACAGAAAUCAAUAAUACAACAUGUCAAUCCAGCAUGGUUUAUGUGACCGCAGAGGUUACCUGUCAAGACAAGGAGAACAUUGAGAGGACUAACUGCACUGUGCUGCUUCAGCUAAGCCAGCCGGUAAAUAAAUGCAUCCUUCGCAGGCUGGUGGAAAAUGGGCCUAGAGACCCAUUAAUCCAGAUUUACCUUAUGGGAGAUAUAGAGAGAGUGGGCCUAUGCAAGGAGCAUAAUAUUUCGUCUGCUGGAGAUGGCAUUGUUCACUGCACAUCCCCUAUGUCUUAUAAUGAUGUCUGCCAGACUCUGGGAGCUGUCAAUGUCACAUGCUCUUAUGUGGAGAAGGAUUUUGUUCCGAAUGAUUUCAAUGUGGUUUACAAUCAAUCCUGCAACGUUAAGAGCCAACAGCAUUGUGAGUGUCACGCGUCUCACAACAAUGAGACAUAUUAUGCUCUUCGUUUGAAUAUUACGAAGCCAGAUGUGAAUUUCACCUCCAUCCAGAACACAGUUUUACAAUUGAGCACCCCCUGUGAAAAAUCUAGCAUACCAGGGUCUCUGUGUAAUACUAUUUCUGAAGUAUCCCAGUUUUAUCAGGGAAUGCACUUGGAAUGUUAUGGUGAAGAAAAAAGGCUGUACACCUGCAUGUUAGCUCUGCAGAUGUCAAAACAGCUAGAUGUGUGUACUGUUAGUACUGUUAUGGCAGGUCUUUGGAAGGACAGUACCAGUGUCAGUUUUGAUGGACCUCUCACUAGAAUAGCUAUAUGUCGUUUGCCCACUGAUUCAGAGACCAUUCUUUUGAACUCAACAUUUACUUGGGUCUUUGUAGACAGCAGUGCCAGCCAAAUUAACUAUAUCACAGACCAGUUGAAAUGUGAACAGGGGCACACGUUUGCUGUUCUUUUAAAUGAGAGCUGUGUAGUCUCACCUUCUGAAUCCUACACAACUCCACCAGUCCCGCACAGCACAAGCACAGAGAACAGUGCUACAUCCCCAAUCAUUACUUCUCCAUCAUUUACUACAGACUGGAUGCUGAGCAACCAAACCAGCACUACAGGCAGACUGCACAACACUUCAAAAACACCACUCAAUACAACAGUCUCAAUAUCCAAUAUUAGCUUCAUGUCCAUUAACAGUACAGUCACUCAAACAAGCACAGCGUCACUCAACACAACAAAAAAUUUGCCACUCAUUGCAACAGUCACACUGAGAAACACAACAGUCAUACCACUCAAUAUAACAAGUCCACUGGUCAAUACAACAGUCAUACCAUUCAAUACAACAGUCACAUCUCACAAUGCAAAUAUUACACUGUUAAAUACAACAGAUACACCAUUCAAUAUAACAACCCCACUGGUCAAUACAAACCUUACACAACUUAAUCCUACUGUAACAACACUCGAAGCUACAGACGGACUGUUAAAUACACCAGUCACAUCUCACAAUACAGCUAUCACAUUGUUAAAUACAACAGAUACACCAUUCAAUAUAACAUUCCCACUGGUCAAUACAAACCUUACACAACUUAAUCCUACUGUAACAACACUCGUAGCUACAGACGGACUGUUAAAUACACCAGUCACAUCUCACAAUACAGCUAUCACAUUGUUAAAUACAACAGUUACACCACUCAAUAUAACAACCCAACUAGUCAAUACAACUGUUACACCACUCAAUCCCACUGCCACAACACUCAGUGCAACAGACACAAUGUUAAAUACAACAGACACAUCUUACAAUACAACUAUCACAUUGUUAAAUAAAACAUUUACACCACCCAUCAUAAUUCCGCCGGUCAAUACAACCGUCACACCACUCAAUCCUACUGUCACAACACUCAAUGCUACAGACGGACUGUUAAAUACAACAGAUACUCCACUCAAUAUAACAAUCCCAUUUGUCAAUGCAACAACCAUACCACUCAAUACAACUGUCACAACAUUCAAUGCAUUGUUAAAUACAACAGUCUUAUCACUCAAUAUAACAACCCCACUAGUCAAUACAACAACCAUACCACUCAAUACAACUAUAAGACUCAGCACAUCCAUGGCUCUGCUCAAUACAACAAGUAUGCCAGAUAGACCAUUAAAUACCACAGUUACAUCUCAAAGUUCACCUUUUACGGCACUCAACACAACUGUCGCACUACAUCAUACAACCGUCACACCAUUCAAUACGACAGUCACACCUCGCAGUACACCUCUAUUAUCCAUAUUCACAACUCAGUUAAACUCAACUGGACCAGAAAACACAACAAUAUCUAUAGCUGCAUCAUUCACUUACCUCAAUGCAACAACUUCAGUACAAAAUAGUACACAAUUAUCAUUACUUAACACAACAGAAUCUUUGAACACAACACUUACUGAUAAAACUACUCUGCCUGGUCACAUAUUUAAAAACAAAACAUCAUUAUAUGUUACAUAUAACACAAACAUUUCUCUUCAAAAUGAAAUAAUCUUUCAUACUAUGGCACCACUGGAUAAUACAACACAAGCCAACACAACAGCAUCAACCAAAAACUUAACAGAAUCAAACACACCACAAACUUUUCAGAAUAUAACAGAAUUCAGUACAUCAGCAAUUCCAUAUAACACAACCUUUUAUACUAUGGCACCCUCAGACAAUACCACACAAGCCAACACAACAGCUUUAGCAAUUAAUGUAAGAGAAUCAAACACAACACAACCUCUUGAGAAUACAACAGAUUUCAGUAUGCCAUCAAUUACAUACAACACAACACAACUUCUGAAUAGUUCUACACUGGAGACCUCAGGUGCAGAAACUACUACCACUGAACUCACAACAACAGUCAAUACUACAAUGUAUACACCUAAUUUCAGAGCUUUUAAUACAACAACGGAUAUUCCUGAUUUACUGUAUCCCAAUGAAACAUUCCCUCUGUUUAACACAACACAAAGCAAUGCAGCAGAUUUUCCACUGAACAUGACCCUGUUCAACACAACGGAAAUGCCAGUGAAUGUAACCACUCACAACAGGUCUGAUACCAACCGUGGUAUAAACAUAACAGAGACGUCCAACAGUACAUCCAGAUUAAAUACAACCGCAAACCCUGUAACAGAUACAACACAGUUUAACUCCACAAACACAACGCAAAUACACGCAACAACCUUCCCAACAACAGAAAAUAUUACCAGUGGGAACAUCAUAACAGUUAGUCUCCUUAACACAACACAGUUAAAUGCCACAUUAGAAAAAGCUUCCACUGAUAAUACAAUAAUGAAUACAACCACAACAAUCAAUCCAAUCAACAUUCAACACAACACAACCAUUACCAGCAUUGUCACCAAUAACAGUGCUGCUCCCACAACAGCUAUAUCAGAGAUACAUCCAAGCUCUCAUCAGAGCAUUUACAAUUCCACUACAGCAUCUCCAAUUGUCCCUCAAAUAACGAUCAGUAGAGGGAAUACAUUGGGAACUACUGCAAGACCAGCUGUGCCAGCCACAUCUGCCAUCACUACAGCAAUAACUUCAGUAAUCGCAACAACUCAAACCCCAGACUCGGUGGCUAAGGACCUUCUAAAUCAAACAAAGGAUGUAAAAAAUCUAAACUCAUCCGAGGUGAAUAAAUUGGUCAGCCAGCUUGAGAAUCUGCUCACUGCACCCAACAUUAGUAAGGAUCUGGGCACAACAGUGCUGUCAGUCAUCAACAACUUACUAAACGGCUCUAGUGAUUCUCUGGCUAAAUCCUCCAACCGUUUGAUCAAAGCUGUGGAUAGUCUAGGUCUAAAACUGGUGAUUCAGGAUCAGACCGAAAGCAUUGCAUUUGAAUCACUCUCUUUGGCUGUGACCAAAGUCGAUGGGACCAACUUUGGGACAACAUCAUUUUCAAUGGCAAAUCCCUUAAAACCACAGGUGACUAAAGGAUUUCAAAGAGAAAUCAGGGCAGUGGAAAGCUCUUCUCCACUGGGCAAAAUAACACUGCCUGCCUCCCUGACAGAAAACCUCUCUCCUGAAGAACAGAAAAUCGCCUCCAGAGUCCAGUUCACUUUUUUUCAGAAAAGCACUUUUUUUCAGGACCAAGCGUUGACCCAACAGACUCUAAACAGCCACAUUUUGGGCUCUAGCGUGGCAAACCUGUCAAUUAAAAACCUGAGGGAGAAUGUGGAGUUUACUCUGAAGAAUAAACAGCCAGUUGUGGGUAACUAUGUAGCGUCCUGUGUAUUCUGGGACUUUGGCAUAAAUGAUGGUUUAGGAGGCUGGAGUUCAAGUGGAUGUUUUGUCAAGAAUAGCAGCACUCAGAAUGAGACUGUUUGCAGCUGUAAUCAUCUGACCAGCUUUGCAGUGCUUUUGGAUGUAAGCCGGCAAGGGAUAACUGACCGUUUACAAGCCACCAUCCUUACCUUCAUCACUUACAUCGGAUGUGGGAUCUCUGCCAUCUUUCUCUCAGUUACUCUGCUCACUUACCUUGCAUUUGAUAAAAUCCGCCGUGACAUCCCCUCCAAGAUAUUGAUCCAUUUAUGCUUUGGCCUGCUCUUGUUGAACCUGGUUUUCCUGUUGGACUCGUGGUUGGCACUGUACCCAAAUGCCGUAGGCCUCUGCAUUUCAACAGCUUUCUUCCUGCACUACUUCCUGUUGGUCUCCUUCACCUGGAUGGGGCUAGAAUCUCUGCAUAUGUACCUAUCCAUCGUCAAGGUCUUCAACAACUACAUGUCCAGAUACAUGCUUAAGUUCUCCCUCACAGGCUGGGGAGUCCCUUUGAUUGUCGUCAUUAUUGUGAUUGCGGUAAACAAGGACAACUAUGGCCUUUUAAGCUAUGGGAAAUAUUCGGAUGGAACUACAGAUGAUUUCUGUUGGCUCAAAAAUGACAUUGCAUUCUACGUGGCCGUUGUGGCAUACUUCUGUAUUAUAUUUGUGUUAAACGUGGCCAUGUUUGUAGUGGUGAUGGUCCAUUUGAGACGGAUCAAGCGGCAGAACCCUCACAAUAACCAGUACCGUAGUGGAUUACAUGACCUACGUAGCAUUGCAGGACUUACUUUCCUGCUGGGCCUUACCUGGGGCUUUGCCUUUUUUGCCUGGGGACCUGUCAACUUGGCCUUCAUGUACCUGUUUGCCAUCUUCAAUUCCCUACAGGGCUUUUUUAUUUUUCUGUUCCACUGUGCUCUGAAGGAGAAUGUCCGUAAACAGUGGAGAAUGUACCUCUGCUGUGGCAGGUUACGAUUGGCUGAAAAUUCAGAGUGGAGUCGGACAGCAACACAAAGCAACACUAAGAAGACUUCAAUUCUUACGACAAACUCUUCUAAUUUAGGGAGCCACAGUGCACAACGAAGUUCAGUGAGCAGCGAUGAAUCAGUUCCAUCCAAUGGCAUUGGCUCACCAAUUGGCGAUAGUCUGAUCAUGUCAGAGGAAACAACUGAUGAUGUAGUUCUCAAUGAGAUGAACAGUCAACUCCGACCACGAAUCAGAUCUGUGUAGUUCUUGGGAAAGGAUUAACACACCAUUGAGGUGACACAAAACAGGGGAAGAAACAGACCAUUUAACAUUCUGUUUCUCAGCAGACCAGAAAAUUGUCUUCUAUCAUCACUCUUUCUUGUUAUUUGUUAUUGAGCCAGGCUGCUUGGAGUCAUCCAUAGGAGAAAUGGAAAGAAAGAUAGUCAGGACCUGUUGGACCAAUGCAUAAAAAUAUCCCCUCUUAUUGAGAAGUGAGGAAAUGUUAUAUUACGGCCCACUUUUUCAGCUUCAAGGUUUUUAUUUUUGCAGGGUUUUAAGCACCUAUAUGUUUUCAGUGAGCAGUAUUAAUGCCUCCUUUUCUAUGAUAUGCAGUUAAACAAGGAAAUGUGAGUGAAGAUGUCUGCAGUGGAUCAAAUGAUGCAUACAAAAAAGAAGCAUUUUAAAACAAAAUGUAUGAAGGACUACAUUUUUCAUUAUGGGGAAAGUAGAAAAAAAGAAAAGUUUUCAAUAAUAAACUAUAAGGGUUAUUUUUAGUCAAAGCAUAUUAAUGUGAUUUAUUAUAUUUUGCUACUUUUUUAUUUUAGCCAAUCACAAGUACGUAGUUUCAUGUUAAGAAUUUAACAUUUGUGCAUUUUAAGCAGAAGUAGGAAUCUGAGACUCUAACAUAAUAAAUUAUUUAUUAUAUAUUA